AUGCUGCAAAACACAUUGUUUCUGUAUUUCUCUCUGACACAAUUCCAGAGAGCUCAGAUAGCUGCUCUUGCUGAUAUUGUUAGACACUGUGCACUGCAGGCUACUCAAUCUGGUGAGACUGUCAGUAAUCUCAACAAUAAUUAUUCCCCAUUCAUUAUCUCUGCCUCCACCUCCUCCACCACCUCAGACACCAAUAGCAACAAUAAUAAUGAUGAUGAUGAUGAUGAAAGCAUCACUAAUAAGAGUGGUGUCAGCUCUUUCUGCAAGAAAAGUCAUGCUGUAUCAGAAUAUUCUGACAGUGGGGCUGUCAUCUCUGACAACAUACAAUCUCAGACAGUGGCUGCAGUUGUGGUGAUUGUUCUGGUUCAGCAUGAGACUUGUGAUUUUGCCUCUGAGCAGCAUAGACUGUGUGAAUUUUCACCUGAUACUGAGGGCAUUUUGAAGGACUUUAUGGAGCAAUGA